GAGGGGUGAUCUAAGGGACAGGGACGGGGAGCUUGGAUUUGGGUGGGGUGGGACUGGUGGACGACGCCGGUCGGACACAGCAGUGAGUCUUCCUCUCACCCCGGGCCCCUUAGGAAUGUAAUCGAGGAUGCUGGCCCUGAGGCUGCUCAACGUGGUGGCCCCCGCCUACUUCCUGUGCAUCUCCCUGGUGACCUUCGCGCUGCAGCUCUUCCUUUUCCUGCCCAGCAUGCGCCAGGACCCCGCCACCGCCCGGCUCUUCCCUCCCGAGCUGCUCCACGGGGCUCUCUUCCUGUUCCUCUCCACCAAUGCCCUGGGCAAUUACGUCCUGGUCAUCCAGAACUCCCCCGACGACCUGGACGCCUGCCAGGGGCCCUCGGCCAGGAGGGCCCUGUGCCCCCCGCCCAGCACCCACUUCUGCCGAGUGUGCGCCAGAGUCACCCUGAGGCACGACCAUCACUGUUUCUUCACGGGCAACUGCAUCGGCGGCAGGAACAUGCGCAACUUCGUCCUGUUCUGCCUCUACACCUCCCUUGCCUGCCUCUACUCCAUGGUGGCUGGCGUGGCCUACAUCUCCGCGGCCCUUUCCACCUCCUUCGCCCACCCCCUGGCCUUCCUCACUCUCCUUCCCACCUCCAUCAGCCAGUUCUUCUCUGGAGCUGUCCUCGGUUCUGAAAUGUUCGUCAUCCUCAUGCUCUACCUCUGGUUUGCCAUCGGCCUGGCCUGCGCAGGCUUCUGCUGCCAUCAGCUGCUGUUGAUCCUCCGGGGGCAGACCCGUCACCAGGUGCGGAAGGGGGUGGCGGUGAGGGCCCGGCCCUGGCGCAAGAACUUACAGGAGGUCUUCGGGAAGAGGUGGCUGCUGGGCCUGCUGGUCCCCAUGUUCAAUGUCGGAGGUGAGAGCUCCAAGCAGCGUGACAAGUAG